GGAUGCGGCAAAGCUAGGUGCUCUUAGGCUUUCCUUCAUUGCUAGCUACUGCUUGUGUAAAAAGACCGCCUUUCUCACCAGCUCUCACUUUCGAACCGCACAACUCCCGAGUAUCAGGCUUUGGCUCUGUGCCGAGGUGCCAACACACCUCUCAGAUCCUCCCUCCGACAGAUCGCUGACCUCCGCGUUCGCUUUCCUGUCUCCUGGAACCAUGUCUCUGGUAAGCCAGAAUGCGCGCCAAGGCAGCGCAGAGACCACUGCAGAUUACAGCGACUGCCAGGGCGACAUGCAGGCUACUAAUGCCUCCGGCCCCCCCACCUCCAUGCUAGUCCUCGAGGCUCCCCAGGGCCCUGGGAUUCCAAAUGACCCACAGGGUGCCAGCGCUCCCCAGGACCCGAGUGACAUCGAGAUUCUCAUCGACGAGCAGUCCCGACGUUUGGGGGCGCUCAGGGUCCACGACCCUCUAGAAGAGAGGUCAGUUGCUUUAGUGAAUUUCAUGCGCAUGAAAAGCCAAAGUGAGGGGUCUAUCCGACAGUCAGAAAUGCUGGAGUUUCUCAAGGAAUACUCAGAACACUUCCCUGAGAUACUCAGACGAGCCUCAGUUCAUCUGGAUCGGGUCUUUGGGUUGAACCUGAGAGUCCUUGAUCCUCAGACGGACACUUACAACCUAAUCAGCAAACCAGUUUCCCAGACCACUGAACGGCUAGUGGAGACCCUGGACAUACCAAAAGCGGGUCUCCUGGCCUUGGUCCUAGGCCAUAUCCUCUUGAAUGGCAACAGGGCAAGAGAGGCCUCCAUUUGGGACCUGCUGUUAAAGGUAGAUAUGAUAGAUGAGCCUCAGAGGAUCAACAGCCUCUUUGGGAACACAAGAAACCUCCUUACUACUGACUUUGUCAAUAUGCGAUUUUUGGAGUACUGGCCAGUGUAUGGCACUAAUCCCCUUGAAUUUGAGUUCCUGUGGGGGUCUAGAGCCCACAGAGAAAUCACAAAGAUGGAAGCCCUGAAGUUUGUAGCAGAGGCCCAUGAUGAAGAACCCUGGAGCUGGCCAGAAGAAUAUAACAAAGCUCUGGAAGCUGACAAAGCAAAAGAGAGAAGCCAGGCUGCUGGCUUAGAGUUCUGGUCAGAGGACACUAUGAAUGAAAAAGCAAAUGAAUUGGUCCAGUUGGCCAUUAGUGACGCUGAGGAGUUGCUGCCUAUCCAUCAAGAUGAGCUAUUUGCUCACACUGGCAAAGAAUUUGAGGAUGUGUUCCCAAAUAUCCUCAGCCGAGCCACUCUAAUCCUUGAUUUGUUUUACGGGUUCUCUCUGAUUGAGGUUGAUACCAGUGAGCACAUCUACCUCCUUGUCCAGCAACCAGAAUCAGAAGAAGAGCAAGUAAUGUUAGAGAGCCUGGGCAGACCCGCCCAAGAAUAUGUGAUGCCAAUCCUGGGUUUGAUCUUCCUGAUGGGCAACCGUGUCAAAGAGGCCAAGAUCUGGAACUUACUCCAGAAAUUUAGUGUUGAUGUAGGGAGGAAACACGCCAUCACCUGUAAGCUAAUGAGGCAACGCUACCUGGAAUGCAGGCCGCUCUCCUACUCUAAUCCCGUUGAAUACGAGCUGCUCUGGGGUCCUCGGGCUCAUCUUGAAGUCACCAAAAUGAAAGCCUUGGAAUAUAUGGCUAAGUUCUACGGAAAGCAGCCACAGGACUGGCCAGAGCAAUACAGGGAGGCUGUGGAAGAUGAAGAGGCCAGGGCCAGAUCUGAGGCAACAGCCAUGUUCUUCUUUGGCUCCAUGUGAAGUCUGUUGUUUCACUUUACUUUAGUGGCAUCUGUUAAAAGGGCAUUUGGGAAAUGGGCAUUAGGGUCCUAAAUCAAAAGAUGGGAGGGUUGGGGUAAGGAGUACAGCUUUUGCUUAUUGUGUUCCAAUUCCAAUAGCGUUUCUUCCUUUCUAAUAUACUCUUUAAUUGUCUUCACAAUCAGUGUUUAUAACUGAAAUUGUUCAUUUUCUUUUCCUGUCUUGUUUCAGUAUAGAAGUUCAGAUAGCUGUGUAACAUGUAUUGGUAAUAUUUAUGUAUUUGAACUAACCAGUAAAAUAAGCUAAAUAACAGUAGUAAUAUACAAAGCCACGUGGUUGGCCUCCUUUUGAGUCUAUUGUUGUGUUAACAAACUAACAAAAAUUAAAGACUUCUCUGUAUUUAAUUUGGUGUUGCAGAAUGUAGUAAAAAAAAUAAAAGUAAAAUGAAUUAGAU